AUUGCAGCCCUGCUCCGGAAGAAUCUGGCCCAGGUGAAUGGAGUGAAGCUCUUUAUCCCUUGCUGACAACGCUCACAGACUGCGUAGCCAUGAUGAGUGACAAGGCAAAGAAAGCCAUGGUCUUUUUAUUAAUGCAGGACAGCGCCCCGACAAUAGGGCUCUGCCUGAGUCUUCAGUAUCGCAGGGACGUUGUCUUCUGCCAAACUCUGACAGCUCUCAUUUGUGGUUUCAUUAUCAAGCUGAGGAACUGCCUGCAUGAUGAUGGAUUUUUAAGACAACUCUACACCAUUGGUUUGCUGGCGCAGUUUGAGAGCCUGCUGAGCACUUAUGGUGAGGAGUUGGCAAUGCUGGAGGACAUGAGUUUGGGAAUUAUGGACUUGAGGAAUGUAACCUUUAAAGUAACUCAGGCGACAUCGAAUACAUCGACUGACAUGCUGCCAGUCAUCACUGGAAAUCGUGAUGGAUUUAACGUGAGGAUCCCUUUGCCAAGCGCCUUGUUUGAUUUGUUGCCUCGAGAGAUUCAAAGCGGCAUGUUGCUGAGAGUUCAGCCUGUUCUUUUCAAUGUAGGAAUCAAUGAGCAGCAAACCCUGGCAGAGAAGUUUGGAGACACCUCACUGCAAGAAAUAAUUAACAUGGAAAGUUUGGUGCGGUUGAAUUCGUAUUUCGAGCAGUUCAAGGAAGUUUUGCCUGAUGAUUGUCUACCUCGAUCUCGUAGUCAGACGUGCCUGCCUGAACUGUUAAGAUUUCUGGGACAAAAUGUACAUGCAAGAAAAAAUAAGAAUGUCGAUAUCCUUUGGCAAGCUGCUGAGAUAUGCCGCAGACUAAAUGGUGUUCGCUUUACGAGCUGUAAAAGUGCCAAGGACAGGACUGCCAUGUCAGUCACCCUAGAGCAGUGUUUGAUCCUACAGCAUGAACAUGGAAUGGCCCCACAGGUCUUCACCCAAGCUCUGGAGUGCAUGAGGAGCAUUGGAACACGGGAGGUAGUCACCCAGAAGAACUUGAGUGGCUUGGUGCCCAUCCGAGAUUUCAGACUAGAUCCCAGCCUCCUCUACUCUAUUCCUUUACUAGCUCUCAGCCCCAAUUUACUGAUUGUGUGGCUGUUCCUGAGCAUAGCUUACCUGGUGGCCAGAUUACGUUGCAAGUGAAGAUAAGU